AUGGGCCUGGGAGGGGGCUUCUCCGUCGUCGGGGCAGUCCCGGUUGCCAUCACGGUUUCUUUCGGCGUUCGUACAUCGGCCACUAUUAUUGGCAUGGGAUUUGUGGGAUUUGGCUUUCUUCUUAUGCUACCAGGCUUGUUCUGGUGUAUCGUCGUAAGAACACACAGUUUCAAAAUAUGUUGCUUCUGCUGUAGAAAGAAGAAGGAGGGAGGAAUUAACGGGAAGGGAGAUGGUCCAAGGAAAAGGAAGCGAAGAAAAAAAUGGGGCGAAGAUGAAGAUGAGGACGAUGAUGAAUUUGGAGAGCAAGAAGAUACGCCAGCAUUAUGUUACGACAGAGAAAACAGUUCCAUUGAAAACAGUCCGAGCAGGCACAUGGAAGGAUCGAGCAAGUCACCCAGGGAACGCAAAUGGCCCCCCGUGUAUGUUGACACUCCGUCACUCAUCAUUACAAAAGCCCAAGAUUGCAUGAGCUCUAGAGAAAAUGUUCAACUCAAAAAUUUUGUCGAGCCAUCCUCCAUGCCAAACAACAACAACGAUGGUUGUACCAGUGGCAACGCUGCAAACAACUGCCCAAACACAAAAAAUGUACAGGCACAUCAAACUACAAAAAAUGAGAACAUUGUAACAAAAAAAAUUAAAGCUCUUUACAACAACACCAAACCAAACAAGAGCGAAACAAAUCUUCAUCAAAAUGACAAGAGCACAAUUAACAACAACUCCAAAACAAACAAGUCCAACAAUAACAACAACAGAAUGGCAUUGUCAUUUACAUCUUCUCAGACGUGCGACCCGAUCGCUAACACGGCAACCACAACGACCACAACAUCGCCAUCAACAGCGACAGACAUCGAAAACGGCAAAUCAACACGAGAAACUGCCAUAUCUUAUAUAUUGCCCAAAUCACUUUCUCAUAAUCUUAAUUUAAGUACUCAGAGCAAAUCGUUAGACGAAGACGAAAGCAGAAGUAGUGGCCAGCGUUGCAGCAUCAAAGACUCUAGCAGAAAUACUCACAACAACAACAACGAAGGCUUUGUUGAUGAUAGCAGCAACAAUGAUGACAUCUCCUCGCUAGCAGACAAAGAUGUUAAGAAAAUUUGUGACUUGAUAGACAAUUAUCGACUCACCAAUAACAACGAUCUCAACGACACCACCGAAUAG